ACACAAUAACAUGAAAAAACAUCUAUGAAACAUGAAUUAAAUAUGAAUAAAAAAAGAUAUCGGUAUGUUUGUGUCACAGCUAGGAUUGUGUUUUCACACUUUCACAUUUAUUAUAAUUUGGACGCAGAAAACAGUUCAUUAUUAAAAAAUGUCACUCAAGGCAUAUAUCAACGAAGCCAGUGAUGUGCUUUUCCGUUUUGGUCUGUUUACCAUUCCACAUUCCUCUUCAACAUUUACCAUUUGUGCGGAUGAACAUACUCAACAAAAAAUGUUUCAAUACCUUGGUGAAUUCGAAGAGACGGACGAAAAGUGGAAUUGUACUUUGUUAUCUGUCUUAGAACACAAACUAUCAGAAGAAAGGCAUGUUUGUUCACAACAGCUUCGCCAACAAUCAAGUCAAAUGCUGAAAUUUCUCACAGAUUUUGCAGCUGGUAAAACACAAGAGACAAAACGUUCGUCAUUUUUGUUAUACCAGCUUUUGUGUCAUGUUUGUGGAUCAUCCGAUGCUGUUGAUGGAACGCGCCUACUUUAUGCAGUAUUAGAUGAUUGUACGAAAGUAAGUUGUCAGUAUACAAAUGUCAGUAGUGGUAGCCGAGCAGAGGGAGUGCAUAUACCAGACUGUGAUUAUGAUAUCAUGACUAUCCUGGAACAAAUCGUCGUGUAUGCCGUUGGUUAUAUAGUCGAUGACUCAAAACCUUCAUUAAUUUGUAAUACAGAAAACUCUUAUCCAGGAUUUGCACAUUUGAUUAUUCCACCUGGAAGUCGUUUUUCGGAGGAUUUGAAUAGUGUCUGGGGAGUCGAAUCCGUUAACGGUCCCGUUGUAUCAAACAGGCGGUUUAAAGAGUAUUUCAUGAGCAAUUAUCGGGAUAAAAAUGUCCGUAUUCAUGGGCCGUGCAUAUCACCAGAAGAUGAUUCCGCUGAAUGGCGUCUUUCGUUCUCAUUGGCAGAGAGAGAACUGAUUCAUUCGUGGAAUCAUACACAAGUAUUGUGUUAUGUAUUUUUCAAGUACAUCAAGAAAGAUUUGAUGGCGUUCUUGCCAUUUGGAAAACUUAUUUGCUCAUAUUUCAUUAAAACGACAUUGUUUUGGCUCAGCGAAGAGCAAUCACAAAAAGAGUGGAAUCCUAACAAUAUUCUUGCAUGUUUUCAUGAACUUCAAAAGCGUCUCAUGUACUGGUUAAGGUAUGGUUUCUGUCCGCAUUAUUUUAUACCAGAGAAUAAUCUGUUCGAUGGGAUACUAAAUGAUGCAUCCAGAAUGAUUUUAGAAAACGCAAUAAAAAACCUUUUAACCCUUGUAUUACGCAGCACUCACUAUGGUGACGCAUUUAAAACUUUUCAUUUUCAUCAGCUGCGAAGGUAUUCUACAUCAGACACAACAUUUGUGGAAAAGAAGAUUGCAAUUCUCUCAUUUCUUAAGCUCUUUCGCUUAACAUUAAAAUCAUCUACUCUAAAACAAAUUCGUGCAAUCCUAUCAAAGUCUUUGCGUCGACUGCUAAAACAGAAUCAAUCAUACUUUCCUAAAGGGAUUUAUUUAUUAGCAGUUUGCUAUGCAAAUCAAAUAUAUGCCGAAAGGUUAAGUUUAGACUCACAAAAUAACAAAGAAAGGUAUGUAUCUCACAAAAACAUCAUGUCACGUUUAAUAAUUGGUACAAAUUCAGACGCAAUAGCUGGCUGGUCACUGGUAGCAAUGUAUUUUUGCAAAAUUAAACAAUAUGGUAUUGCACUACACCUCAUAGAAAAAAUCUUGCAAAAGUGUUCGAAAGAAAAUAAACAGUUACUAACCUUUGUCGACAAUAUGGAGAUGAUGAGAUAUUUUGCUGUUAAAGCUGGAACAAAAUGGUACACACGUCAAUCGUUUUUACAAAGUACGAAGAACUUAUGCAUGGAUUUAAUAUAUCAAACACCAACUUCUUCGUGGCUGUUAGAAGAAUUCUUAAUAGAUACUGGAUUCCAAUGUUGGAGAGUCCAUCCUGUGAUAUUCACACAAUUUCUGCACUUUGUCAUUUUCAAUAGAACCGGGAAAAUAACAAGAAGAGAUCGAGCUAUACGGGAUAUUAUAAUUUCAAACCGAGAAAGUCGUAUUCCAGGUUUCUAUAGAGAACGGCUUACUACGUUCAUACUACUGACGAUAGCUUACAAAUUAAUGAAUGAUGAACUGGCCGCUGAAUACUGGUUGUCCCAUGCCUACAGAUUUGGGAAGAAAUUUUUUUGAUAUAUUUACUGUUAUAACAAUUGCGAUGAGUUAUAUACGUUUUCUCUAAUUUUUUUAACCCUUUCUGGACACAUUGUUUAAAACAAAUUUAAUCAACGUGAGGUUGUCGAUGAGGUCAUAACCUUUAUCGGCUCUCUGGAUAAUUGACAUUUUUUUAUUUGUAUGACGUGGAAAUCAGGAAAGUGGAAGUCAGUCGAAGGAUAUUUUCGUUGAUCAAAAAUAAAAACAUUAUUUGAUAAUCAUUA